AUGGCAUCGCCAGCCGUCAGCCCCGACUCGUCCUCCCACGAAGCCCUUUCCUCCGUCAACUCAGCCCCGGCGUGUUCGCCCACUUCCGAUUCGGAAAACCUCAGCCCCGACGAACUGGAGCUGCUGGCGAAACUGGAGGAGCAAAAUCGGCUACUGGAGGCCGACUCCAAGUCGAUGCGCUCCAUGAACGGCUCGCGAAGGAACAGCGGCUCCUCCUUGGUCUCCAGCUCCUCGGCCUCCUCCAACCUCAGCCACCUCGAGGAGGACACCUGGAUCCUCUGGGGCCGCAUCGUUAACGAGUGGGACGAAUGGCGGAAGAAGAAGGAGAAGCUGCUGAAGGAGCUCAUCCGCAAAGGGAUCCCCCACCACUUCCGUGCCAUCGUCUGGCAACUGCUCUGCAGUGCCACCGACAUGCCCGUCAAAAACCAAUACUCGGAGCUGCUCAAGAUGUCUUCUCCUUGCGAGAAGCUCAUCCGACGGGAUAUCGCCCGCACCUACCCGGAACAUGAGUUCUUCAAGGGCCAGGACAGUCUGGGCCAGGAGGUGCUCUUCAACGUUAUGAAGGCCUAUUCGCUGGUGGACCGGGAGGUCGGAUACUGCCAGGGUAGCGCCUUCAUCGUGGGACUGUUGCUCAUGCAGAUGCCCGAGGAAGAGGCCUUCUGCGUGUUCGUGAGGCUGAUGCAGGAAUACCGCUUACGGGAGCUCUUCAAACCCAGCAUGGCUGAGCUGGGGCUCUGCAUCUACCAAUUUGAGUACAUGCUGCAGGAGCAGCUGCCAGAGCUGAACAUCCACUUCCGCUCACAGAGCUUCCUCACCUCCAUGUACGCCUCGUCCUGGUUCCUCACCCUCUUCCUCACCACCUUCCCUCUUCCUGUGGCCACGCGCGUCUUCGACAUCUUCAUGUACGAGGGGCUGGAGAUCGUCUUCCGUGUGGGGAUGGCACUGCUGCAGUUUAACCAAGCUGAACUUGUCCAGCUUGACAUGGAGGGCAUGUCCCAGUACUUCCAGAAGGUGAUCCCCCACCAGUUCGACAGUUGCCCCGACAAGCUCAUCCUCAGGGCCUUCCAGGUCAAGUACAACCCCAAGAAGAUGAAGAGGCUGGAGAAGGAGUACGCCGCCAUCAAGAACAAAGAGAUGGAGGAGCAGAUCGAGAUCAAGCGCCUCCGCACCGAGAACCGCCUGCUGAAACAGCGCAUUGAAACCCUGGAGAAGGGCCAGGUGACACGGGCGCAGGAGGCGGAGGAGAACUACAUCAUCAAGCGGGAGCUGGCGGUGGUGAAGCAACGCUGCACCUCGGCCACCGAGAACCUCCAGCGCGCCCAGACCACCAUCCGGCAGCUGCAGGACCAACAGGGGAACCCGCGCUUCACCGAGGAGUUUGUCACCCACCUGGAGACGGAGCUGGAGCAGUCGCGGCUGCGGGAGAGCGAGACCCUCGGUGCCCUCAAGGAGAUGCAGGAUAAAGUCCUCGACAUGGAGAAGAGGAACAGCCUGCUGCCGGAUGAGGACAACGUGGUGCGGCUGCAGGAGGAGCUGCAGGCGCUGGCGCUGCGCGAGGCCGAGGCCGUCAAGUCGCUGACGGAGCUGCAGCAGCAAGUGAAGGACCUCAGUGACAGCUGGCAGGCGGGACGGGCAGGCGGACGCUGGAAGGAAUCCCCGCGGCGGAGCAACGCCAACGCGCUGCAGGAGGCCGUGGUGGCGGCGCGGCUGCGGGAGGCACAGGCACAGGCCGAGCUGCGGGCGCUGCGCCAACGGGUGCUGCAGCUCGAGACGCAGGGCCAAAUCCAGCGCACGGUGCUGGGCCGAGCGGAGCAGACCUGCGCGGGGCUGCGGGAGCAGCUGAGGUUGGCGGCGGCGCAGAGCAAAGGGCUUCAGGCGCAGCUCAGCGAGAGCCACCGCAAACACGCCGAGGCCCAGUGCAAGAGCAAGGAGGAGGUGAUGGCG